AUGGCUGGGCAACUACAUCGGCGGGUUCCCCCGGGCGGCGAUGGACCCUCUGCUGGACCUCAUGUUCCUCCCCUCGGGCCUCAACCUCAAUAUAGUGCGAUUCAAUAUUGGCGGCGGCUCCCUCCCGCAGUACAGCCCGCAGCUGCACUCGGACGCGCUGCUGCGCUGGCGGGCCAUGCCGGGGUACUGGCCAGCGCAGGCAGCGGGGUUCAACUGGACGGCGGAUUCGAGGCAGCAGGCGGUGCUGCUGGGAGCCAAGGCCCGCGGGGUGAACGUGUUCGAGGCGUUUUCCAACAGCCCGCCCUGGUGGAUGACCGCGAGUAA